AUGACGAUGACUGGCCGUGUGCUGCUGGUGUGUGCCCUCUGCGUGCUGUGGUGCGGUGCCGGCGGUGGUGGAUGUUCUGAAACAACUCCAGGUUCUCCGGGUUCUUCGGGUACUCCGCCCGUUAAUGACAAUGAUUCUAAAAGCGACAACAAUUCCACAGGUGGCGCUGGAGAAGGUGUCCAAACCGGUAAGCAGGCAGUGCCACAAGCACCCGCACCACCGGCGUCAGGAUUACCGGAAGUGCCAGCGAGACCGUCACAGGGAACACAAUCCGGAGGAGCAUCAGAAACGCCAAGUACAAAGAAGGACAGCAUGGUUCAAAAUACAGAAGUUAAAAAAAAGGAAGAAGAGGAAGAGGAACACGGAGGGAAUGAAGAGGAAGAAGAGAAGCAAGAGGAAGAAGAAGAGGAGAAAAGGCAGGAAGAGGAGGAGGAUGGUACGGAAGAAGAAGAGACAAAGAAAGAAGAAGCUGGUACCGGCACCACAGAGGUGACCUCAGCAGGCGGUCAAGAGCAGCCAAAUUUAUCUCCUGGUGCGGCAGGAGCAUCGAAUAAAACAAAUCCCAACAGCACCCAAACAACUGGAGACGAUGACCCAGCAGCUGAUGGUGCAGGGACACCAGAGGGAAAACAAAAUGAAAAUAAAGAUGCCAAUCCGAAGGAAACACCAGUCGAAGCCACAGCCAUGAAAACUACGACGGCGACGACUGGCGACAGUGACGGCAGCACCGCGGUCCCCCACACCACCUCCCCUCUUUUGCUUCUUCUUUUUGCGUGUGCAGCUGCUGCUGCGGUGGUGGCCGCGUGA